AUGUCUGUGAGCCACGCUAUUGAGAGAAAUCAGCGUCGCUUGGAGUUAGAAAGCAAACUAGCCAACGAAGAGGCGGGAAUGAGUGAAGAACGCAAAAACAGACAGUUGCAGAACCUCGGAAAGAAGGAAUCCCAGUUUUUGCGUCUUAGGAGAACAAGAUUGUCCUUAGAAGAUUUCACUACGGUGGAAGUCAUUGGAAAGGGUGCGUUUGGUGAAGUCCGCUUGGUUCAAAAGCGUGAUUCUGGUAAGAUAUAUGCGAUGAAAACGCUUUUCAAGGCUGAAAUGUACAAAAAAGACCAGUUGGCUCAUGUGAAGGCUGAAAGAGAUGUUUUGGCUGGAAGCGACUCACCCUGGGUGGUCUCUUUGUACUAUUCCUUCCAAGAUGCUGUCAACUUGUAUCUUAUCAUGGAGUUUUUAAUCAAGCGCAGUCAUCUAGAAGCUGAUCCCUGCUUUUGA